CGAGCGUCCGCCCCUUUGUUAGCUCCGUCACAAGUAGAUCGGCCGACGUCCAAGCAGCUUCGAAGACAGCGACCAUGAGCAACGAGCACGCGGGCGACGCGCCCGACUGGAUGCAGGAGCAGGCGGCAGAGUACCAGGAUCUGGUGGGCAGCUUCGUGGAGUCUGUAGUGGACUCGGACACAGAUGAGAUCCUCGAGUACCAGCUCAUUUGGGAAGGUGGAGACUUGGGUGUAGCACUUACGACGCUAGAGGGCGAAGAUGGCGGCGUGGCCGUCAGUCGUGUGACUGGCAAAGGUUUCCCCUUUGGCAUCAAGAAUGUCGGACCGGGCGAUCUGCUGCUCUCCAUCAAUAUGAAGGACACAACCAAGAUGACGCUGGACGACGUCGUAGCGUACCUGCAAGUGUGCGAUCUACCGGCCACGCUGCGUUUCAAGAAGCUCUCGCCUGUCACGGACCAGCCACCCGUCUCAGUACCCAGGAAGAGCACGUAUGUCAUCACCAGCGGCGCGCAGGGUCCUACCAGCCCCAUGGGCUCCCAGGCACCGCCAUCGUACCCUCGCGGCUCGCAGAGAGGCUCCACCAAGUACGCGCCGCCUCCUGCAGCUCCUUCACACCCUGAUCGUGCCUCCAUGCCCGUGCACAAGACGCCGUCGGACUUCCCUGAGCCCCCGGCACCGCCUCAGCGUCAGAGUGCCAAGGUGCCGGCUACCCAACAGAUGAUGGAGUCGCCCCCCAAGCCAGCACCGACGCCUGUCCCCGCGCCGGUGGCAUUUACGGAUAAACCAACGUACGUAAAGCCUACUACAGAGGAGGAUUAUCAGUUGGUGGCGCCGAGCUCUCCACACAAGGCCAAGUCAGACAAGCAGAAACCUGCUGCACCGCCUGUUGCACCGGAGGAGUCGCUUCGUGAGUUGGACGGCCUUGUCCUCACCUCGGGAGUCAAUGACCUGGGCUUCGAAGACUCAGAGGACGAAUCUGUGCGCGCAUCGCGUGAGUCGCGUGAUUCGUGGCGUGACGAGAGCUUCGAUGUGGAUGCCAAUCAUGGCGACUGGAAGAUCGAAGAGGAGGAGAAGGAAGAUGUUCCGCACGUGGACAAGAAGAACAGCAAAGAUCGUGCCAAGGAGCGAUUCCAGCGUGACAAGAGCGGCUCAACAGUUGCGAUGCUUGGCCAUUUCUCCGUGGAAACGAAAGGGGAUGGCGUGCCGAUUCUUCCUGACGCUGAGGAGGCGACGGGCAUCGCGCUGAUUGACAAUGUGAGCGAUUUCUCGCCGGAAACCCACCCGUCACCUGCUCACGCCAGCGGUCAAGUGCGUCCGUCCGACGUGUCGUCUGGUUCAAUGGUGUCUUCGUUGAAUUCUUCCAUGAACAACACGAUGAAUACGGAUGCUCCUCGGCCGUCAGUGCGCGUGACGAUGGACAGCACGGCGCCAAUUAUGAAGAGCCACCCGAUCGGUACACUGCACGAGAUGUGUGCGAAGGGAAAUCUUCGCGGCGUGGUACAGCAUUUACGCGUAGACGGCCCCGAGGCUCUGUUGAACCGCGAGCCGAACCACGGUCAGACAGGUCUGCAUCUUGCAGUUAAGAGCGGCAAGGUGCCGCUUGUGAAGGUCAUUCUGGAGCAGUACAAACCGCUUGAAGAUAUCAUCAACGUUGAAGACGACAAGGGCAACACAGCGCUGCACUUUGCUGCCACCAAAACACCGGCCAUGGUGCAUCUGCUGCUGGAGAACGGAGCUAGCGCCAACGUGAAGAACAGCCGCAAGUUCACGCCGUUGAUCAUCUCGGUGAUCACUUCCAAGGAUGACAGCGUCAUCAUCCCCCGUAUGCUACUCAAGUUCGGUGCUAACCCGAACGACAUGCACGACAGUCAGACUGUUAUUCACACUGCUAUCAGCACUGGACGAUUGCAAAUUGCCGGUGCACUGGUGCGUGCAGGUGCCAAGAUGGACGUGGAGGACGCCGAGGGAAAGAGCGUCUUCGAGAAGCUGCCCCGUAAGGAUCUGCGUUACCUGAUCUCUCACAUUUACUUUCCCCCCACAUACAUCACGAGGAAGGAGCGCAGCGAGUGCAUGUUGUGUCGCCAGAAGUUCAAGUUUGGUCACCGCGAGCACAACUGCACGCACUGCGGUCGCCUUUGCUGCGCCGAAUGCUCUGCGCUGCACGUCGAGAUGGUCAAGUUCCCCAUGGGCUUCCCCGGCCGCACGCGUCGCGGAGCAGCCAACCGCGAACAGAAGCGCGUGUGCAAGACGUGUUACAACGUGUUCAAGGAGCGCAAUGAUGAGCCGGAGAAGAGCGACAUGACCAAGUUCAUUAACCGCGUGAUCAACAUCGAGUGGGACGAAGUGAACCCCGAAAAGCUCCAAAAGGCGCAGGAGGCAGGUCGUCGCGGUGAGAAGUAAGCAGGUGUAGAAAGUGUAGACCGCAGCAGGGAUCAAGUCUUGCACCACGGAGGAAGUGGUCGAUAGAAAGAGAGGCCCCACCGUACUAAAUCAAACCAUCGUUGUGCAACAAGAUUCCGGCGCUCGAUUGGCGGUCACAGUCAAACUUGUUACUGUUUAAACGCCAAUUCUAGCUGAAAAUGUUGAAAUCCAGAAGUUAGGACUACAACGCGAUCUGCUGGAUCUAUAUCAUCAGUGGCAUGAUAUUGUUUUAGAACGAUUGCGCUAUAGAUUUCCUAGCGUCGUGGUGGCCCAGUUUCAAGUAGUCCCGAGCCGCUUAUGCGGCGUAGUCGCUCCAUCGAUGCAUUUCAAAGACUGUCAGAGCUGUAUUUUAAAGGUUCGGCGAGCUGUGCACUUUGAAAAGUAAAAAUAGGUAUU